AUGCUGUGUCUGGCACUUCGCAGAUUUGGUCAAAAGCUGGUACGCAGACGUAUACUGGAGGAAUAUGUGGCUGAUAUGGGCCCUGACAGAAGAAUAACUACUCUGGAUUUAGUGGCCCUGGGUGUGGGCUGCACAGUAGGUGUAGGUGUAUAUAUCCUGGCUGGUGAGGUGGCUAGAGAUAAAGCAGGACCAUCCACUGUGAUCUGCCUAUUGGUGGCCAGCCUAUCUUCUGUGUUGUCUGGGCUGUGCUAUGCAGAGUUUGGUGUCCAGGUUUCCUUUUCUGGUUCUUCAUAUCUCUACAGCUAUGUCACUGUAGGUGAACUCUGGGCUUUCAUCACUGGCUGGAACCUCAUCAUCUUCUUUGUUGCUCAUACAGCCACUGUGGCCCGGGCUUGGACCUUAGCAUUUGACAAUCUUCUUGGGAACCAGAUAUCUCAGAGCAUCUCACCAAAUAUUUCCCAGGCCCUUGGAGAAAUUCUAGGAUUCACUGUUGUGGGCCUUGUGUUGUUGCUCAUGGAAUGGUUGAUUCUGAGGAAUAGUUUGAUUUUCCUGGUUUCCAAAACGGUCGCAUUGGUGAAACUUUUGGUUCUCAGUUUUGUGAUCAUUGCUGGCUUCAUGAAGGGGGACCUGCACAACUGGAAGCUCACAGAAGAGGACUACAUAAUGGCUGGACUCAAUGACACAUCUACAUUGGGCCAUCUGGGCUCUGGAGGAUUUGUGCCUUUUGGCUUCAAGGGGAUUCUCCGUGGAGCAGCUACCUGUUUCUAUGCAUUUAUAGGUUUUACUAUUAUUGUUACCAGAGUCGAAGAAGCCCGAAAUCCUGAGUAUUCUGUCCCUGUGGGCAUUGUUGUUUCACUGCUCAUCUGCUUUUUGAUGUAUUUUGGUGUCUCUUCAGCACUUACACUUAUGGUGCCUUACUACAAGCUUCAACCUGGGAGCACCUUGUCUGAGGCAUUUCUCCAUACUGGCUGGGCACCUGCCUACUAUGUUGUAAGUUUUGGAUUUCUCUGUAGUCUUUCUAUCAGCAUCUUUGGCUUUAUGUUCCCCAUACGUAAUCUGAUAUACAUGAUGACACAAGAUGGGCUCCUGUUCCCUGUCCUUGCCAGCAUCCAAACUGGCACAAACACCCCCAUUGUGGCCACUGUCAUCCUGAGCAUUAUUGCAGCCAUCAUGGCCUCCUUCUUCAGACUCACUGAUCUCUUGGACCUCAUGUCAGUUGGGGCCCUGCUAGCUUACUCCCUGCUGGCUACUUGUGUUCUCAUCAUCAGGUAUCAGCCUCAGAGGAGGAGUGGGAGAAAUGAAGCAGUGCUGCAGGAGGGAAGUGGACCUGCAGCAGAGAAGUUGACUCUACAGGGACUAUUUUUUCCAGGAAGCCCCACCCCCACUCCCCUCUCUGGCCGGGUUGUCUAUGUUUGCUCCUCACUGCUUGUUCUGCUGCUCACCCUUCUGUGCCUGGUGCUGGUGCAGUGGCCAGUUCUGCUUUCAGGAGACCCAGUGUGGAUUUCCAUGGUUGUGCUGCUCCUGGUGCUCAUCACUGGGCUCACUGGGGUCAUCUGGAGACAGCCACAGAGGUCCAGUCCCCUUCCCUUUAAGGUCCCUGCCCUGCCUCUCCUCCCACUACUGAGCAUCUUUGUGAAUGUUUGCCUUAUGAUGCAGGUAACAUCUGGCACCUGGACCCUGUUUGGUGUCUGGAUGCUGAUUGGGUUUGCUGUCUACUUCAGCUAUGGGAUCCAGCAGAGCCUGGCUAAUUAG